AAAUUCUGACUGUAUACUGGAGACUUACUGAUGUUUUUUGACUUGUAUAGACCAUAUACCGUUCAUUUCAUCACACCUGAGGGAGAAAAGAUUGAUGUGAAGGCUACAGAAGGAGAUACCAUGCUGGAUCUUGCCCAGCGCUAUGAUAUUGAGCUCGAAUGUGCGUGUGAAGGCUCUUUGGCUUGCUCGACUUGUCACGUUAUUUGUGAGCAAGAAUAUUAUGACAAGAUGGAAGAGCCCACUGACGAAGAGAACGACAUGCUGGAUCUUGCUUUUGGAUUGACUGACACUUCCAGACUCGGAUGUCAGAUUGCCAUGAACAAAGAUUUGGAUGGCCUAACUGUCAAGAUGCCUUCAGCAACCCGAAAUAUGAGAGUUGAUGGAUCAAAGCCAACGCACCAUUAAUUAUUUUAUUAUAAGCAACUACUAUUUCCUCCGUUCGAACCUUUUUUUUUUUCUCAAAAAACUUCCCACCACUUAUAGAUUUGGUAUUUGUAUAGACAGAAUGUCAAAUAGUU